AUGGCCCUUACCGAGAUUGACCCGUCUCCGCCUGGGCAUUCUAGGAGGGAAGAAGCCGUCAAACGAGGGAAUGUCACCCUCCCUAUUCUCAAAAAAGUCUUUUAUAAUCGAAACCCCCUCAAAGACAUUGUCCUUUGGAGUUCAGACAUCCCGAUGGAACCUCAAAUAAUUGCCCCUUUUUUAUCCUUCGCCAGAGGGGGCCAUCUCCCCCAGGGCCGCAAAACGAUUCUGCCACUGAUCACGAAGGAGGAACUCACCAACAUGACCAAACCAUAUUCUCAAUGGGCGCCUGCUGAGUAUCAUCAUCUCGGGCAGGCCGCGGUCAAGUCGAUGGCUAGCCGGCUUAACCUCACCAAGGACGACGAACAACUUCCACCUAUCGCUACUGAACUCUACACCAUGAAGAAGAGACUAUGGGAGGGUAUCGCGCCCUUGUCGGAAAGACGCUGGAAGGAACUGGAUCUUGACAAUGAGUGGAAUUUUCCAAUGGCUUGUCGUUACAUCGUGGCCGUCAUCGACGUCUUCCAAUACCUGAACGAAGGCUGGAUGAAGAAAGCUAUGCGGACUGUCUAUAAUCGUAUUUGGGACGACCUGCACGACUGCGAGGAAGCCAUCAACGCUCGUCGAAGAUUGGCGGCCGACGGGGACGAUUUCGAGGAGAUCUCGCUGACCGCCCUCUGGCAUCAGCAUACCAAAUCUCACUUUGACUCCAUGUGCGAGAUGGCCCAUGGAUGGGUCACUAAGCACAUCGAACGUCUUCGGCAACCUGUGCUAGACCAGCUCGCCUUCCACAACCCAACACAUGAAAGCGAAGCUGACGAGGUGCAAUUGUAUUUGACCAACAAGCUUUACGACCUUGUCGAUAAUGGCGCCCAUGCCGAUUAUACGAUAUUCCUACCAAUGGAAGGAUACAAAGGUAGCAGCAUACCGCUUCAGAAACCACUGGGCUCGACACCCCUUGGAGGCUUCCGUGAAAAGCCCAUUUCCUGUUCCGUCCACCUUUUGAAACGGGAAGCCGACUACGCUGGGCGUUUGGCUUAUCUUACACGGAAAGAAGAAUACGAGGCCUAUGAAAGAUUAGAAAUAACUCCCCUGCUGGAGAGUAAUGACCCCGCGCGUCUCCUGAUCCGGUGCCAUAGCCAGCUCGACGCACAGGCUCAAUGCCGGAGAGAACUGCGUGGAGUACCCGAAGAACUAGAUCUCGAUCCUUGGUUGGACUUGACAAAGACAUACUUGGGGCAUGGCAAUUGGGGAUGUGGUUUCGUCGCGUAUCGGCUGUGCCAUAGCCACACUUCUGAGGCAUGGAACGAUUUCAAGGCCAAGUUUGAGUCGGACAUCUCCGACUGGGGCAGAGGUGUGAAGGGCAUUGACGAUGUCCGUGCUGCUUGCAAGAUUCACUGGCUGGAUGGCCAAGAGCUUGAAAUUCCUGACGGGGAUAUCGAGGCUGCCAAGGAGCACUUCCGCAAACAUAUUGACUCAAAGGACGUUCGUGGUGUCCACGAGAAGGCGUUUCUAGUCAUUGACGAAGAUGUCGUGAAAUCGUACCUCGACCCUGUCAGCGGCGGUGAAAAAUUCGUCCUAGCAGUGGACCCGGGUUUUGAUCCUGAAACAAAACCCGAGGAUCGAAGGCGCCCUAACUACGAGGGGAAGGUGAGAGUGCUUGGAAGUGUCCUGUGGGAUGAUGUAGGGGCGCUACUCUUCACGCAGAGCAGUCCCCUUGACGAGAUCUGGCCCCUUGCUAUGAACCGCCCUCAUGGAAUCUAUACAGGCUCAAGAGUAACGCCUGUUCUUAAGUUUCCGUCGUAUGAUGAAUUGCUGGGAUUUCAAAUACGUUGCGCUAUCCUCCCGGGAUUGGCGCCAUCGGUGAAACUGGGCCUCUGGCUGACGGCACGUCAUCGACUAAGACGUUGGAACUAG